AUGCCUCAAAACAUUCCCAAACCCUCGUGGGUCAAACUCGAGCCCAAACUCGACUGUAUGCCGCCCGAGAUACUCGACAAGAUCCUCAGUCUCGCCAUCCCAGAACGUGUAAACAUUGCGGCAACACAUCUAUCAGAGCACGACUGGCAACAACACCGUCCAUUCGAGUGGCGCGCCUGGCAUCAGCACCAUGGGUUGUGUGGUGCCUGGAUUAAUGACUGCCAUUCAUCCGGCAUCCUCCUCAUCUCGAAGAGUAUCCGUCGCGCAGCACUCAAGAUAUUUCGAAAACGCGUCGAUUUUGAUUUCAUUGCCAAGUCGGGUUCUAGAUUAUCGUAUCACUCGAACGGCGUUAUCAAGACCAAGGUUCGGCGUCAUUUCGAAAGUAUCUUUGCGGGGGCGGACGGAUAG